CAUUAACAAAAACGUUGGUGCCAAAUGCAAACAACAUAUGGUGAAUGACCUGCAAAAGACGAUAGACACAUUAUGGAUGGAAGUUGUUUGGGCUAGUGAUGAGGUUGAGUAUGGUCAACGGUUGCAUCAACUUGAGCAAGCAUGUGUUGAUUAUAGUGGAUUUAUGAAUUAUGUGAAAGACACAUGGUUGACUCCACAUAGACAUAGAUUUGUUGGAGCAUGGAUUAAUCGAGUGCUACAUUUGGGUAACACAACGACUAAUCGGGUUGAAUCUGCUUAUUGGAAGUUAAAGCAGAUGUUAGGAAACAAUAUAGGUGACAUGGUCAAAUGUUGGGAAGCUAUGAAUAACAACUUGAGGUUACAACUGGGAAACAUUAGAGCUUCUUUUCAAAAGAGUUUUUACGAAGUUGAGCACGCGCACAUAAGUCCCUUUUAUGGUUAUUUGUAUGGUUCCGUAUCUCGAGCUGCUUUGAGACGUAUUGCUGAAGAGUUAUUGAGAGUUGAUUAUGUUAGAACUAACAGGAAAAUAUGUGGUUGUACUCUUAGAACAUCUUAUGGGUUACCUUGUGCUUGUGAGUUAGGAAGAUACGCACUAGGUGGUAUACCGAUACCCAUAGAUGUUGUUCAUGUUCAUUGGAGGAAACUAACUAUGGAAGUUGAGUUAGAGGUAGGUGCAGAUGAUGGAUUAGAGGUGGAUAUGACUUGUGCAAUGGAUGAACUGUGGAAACGAUUUAGGUCAUUAGAUGUUAUUGGGAAAAGGGCAUUAAAGAGUAGGGCAAUCCGUGCAUGA